GAGGCCAUAAAGUGUCGCGAGAGGGCGGGAAUAACGUGAGGUUUGGGAGUCACUCUGGGAGAGAGUGGGACAGCUGCGUACAGACGUCUGUCCUUCUGGGACUGUGGGAGACAAGAAAACCAAUGACUUCAGCGGCAGACCGGCGUAACGUUCCAGUGGGAGGGGCAACGGAGAAAGGACUCGCUCAGAAACCCUACUUGCCUGAUCCACCUGUAAAUGAUUCUCUGGAGGGUGAAAUUCUGGCCUUCCUCAUUGAUGAAGACCAACUCCACACUUAUGACGACCUUACUAAAGUCAACCCUGUGACUCCAACAACAGUGCUAAAAUGCCUGCAGGCCAGGUACAGCAUGAAGGUGUUUUACACCCAUGCCGGCUGCACUUUGGUGGCUCUGAACCCCUUCCAGCCCAUUCCAGACCUCUACACUCUGGAUGUGAUGAAGGAGUAUCACUUUGCUUCUCAGCCUCAGGAGUUCAAACCACACAUCUUUAUUGUGGCAGAAGAGGCUUACAGGAAUGUACAAGGCCAACUAGAGCCAAUCAACCAGUCCUUGGUGGUCAGUGGGGAAAGUGGAGCUGGAAAGACAUGGACGUCUCGUUGCCUGAUGAAAUACUACGCCACCGUAGCAGCUUCCUCUUCAGUGAUGAAGAGUCAGGACACAGUAGAAAGGAUCGAGAGGAGAGUGUUAGACUCCAAUCCUUUAAUGGAGGCUUUUGGCAACGCCUGCACGCUCCGAAACAACAACAGCAGUCGCUUUGGGAAGUAUAUCCAGCUGCAGCUAGACGGGUAUCAGCUGUUAGUCGGGGCUUCAGUGCAAACAUAUUUGCUAGAAAAGACACGAGUAGCCUGUCAGCCAGCAGACGAGAGGAACUUUCACAUCUUUUACCAGAUGAUGAAAGGAGCCAGUGAUGCACAGAGAAACGAAUGGAAGAUGCCACGCAAUCAGAGAUUUGUUUGGCUGCCGAACUGUGAAAAGCAAGUCGAGGAUGAUUGUUUUCAAGACACUUUGGAGACAAUGGUGCAUCUAGGAAUUGAUGCAGAAAGGCAAAAACAGAUAUUUAUGAUUUUAGCUGGGAUUCUUCAGUUGGGAAAUGUGACUUUCUCCACUUCAACCAACGAAUCACAGCCUUAUGAGCUCGAUGAACAGUCUAAAGACUUCCUGCAGAGAGCAGCGGAGCUGCUGUGUGUUCCUGCAGAUGAGCUCCAGACGUGUGUAACGGUGAGGACACUGAAGGCAGGGAAGCAGAGUGUGCUGAAGCCCUGUUCCUGGGCAGAGUGCAGUGUGAGGAGGGACUGUCUGGCCAAAGUCAUUUACGCACGGUUAUUUGAGUGGUUGGUUACCUUCAUCAACAACAGCAUAUGUGCAGACAAAUCAUCAUGGUGCAACUUCAUAGGAGUCUUGGACGUUUACGGCUUUGAGUGUUUUCAAAACAACAACUUGGAGCAGCUUUGCAUCAACUACGCCAACGAGAAACUCCAGCAGCACUUUGUUUCCCAUUAUCUUCAGGCUCAACAGGAGGAAUAUGUGUCUGAGGGGAUGGAGUGGUCUUUUGUCAAAUUUCAAGAUAACCAGAGUUGUUUGGAUCUUAUUGAGGGAACCCCCGUCGGCAUCUUUUCUCUUCUGAAUGAGGAGAGCCGACUCAAUCGAGCGUCUGAUGCUACGAUGUUGAGGAUUCGUUUGGAGAAGGAGCUCAGUGGUAACGCCAACAUCAGCUGGGACAAGUUCAGCAAGCUGCCAUACUUCACAGUGGCUCAUUAUGCAGGAAGAGUUGACUACCAGAUAGAUGGCAUGGUGGGGAAAAACAAGGACCCGGUACCACCAGAACUUACCAGUCUGCUCCAUAAGUCCAACAACCCCGUCCUUCACCAAAUCUUCUCUGACGAGGAACCAGAGAACCCAAACAACAAGAGCCUCAACAAAGUCACGGUGGUCUCCAAGUUCAAGAACUCACUGGAGAGCCUGAUGAAGAUCCUCCUCACCACCGCUCCUCAUUACACCCGCUGCAUCAAACCCAACAUCGACUGCAGGCCGCUGACCUUUAAGAAAGAAGAGGUCAUCAUGCAGCUGGAGGCCUGUGGGAUCGUGGAGACCAUUCAUAUCAGUGCUGCAGGAUUUCCAAUAAGGAUUCCAUUUAAAGGCUUCAUGCAGCGUUAUGGAUUGAUUACCAAAUAUUCAGCAUCAGGAAGUCAAAGUAUUGAUCCAGAGUCUGAUCUGAACAACGUCCUUCAGCAGGAAGUGGAGAAAGUUCUCAGUGUUGUGUUACAUCAUCAUCGGCUUUGUGAGGGUCGCAGUUCUUUGGUGCAUUGUGGGAGGACCAAAGUUUUUCUCACCCAGACGACACUAGAUCUGUUGGAAGAUCAGAGGAAGAAGAUCCUGUCCCAGUGCGCUUUCUCCAUUCAGUGCUGCUGGCUGCGGUACCAGCGCCGUAAACGCCUCGUCCGCCGACAGUCUGUCACUUUAAUCCAAGCAGCUGUGAGGUCCUGGCUGGUCAGGAAGCAGAUCCAGAGAUGGAACAGAGCUGCUGCAGUGAUCCAGAAAACCUGGAAGAAGUGGAGGGCUCUGUUGAAAUCUUUGGCUGAGUCAGAACUUGAUGAUGCCAAGGACCUUGCAUCCGAGGACAUCCUAGAACUGAACCCUAUUGUCAGGGAGCGUGGCUCAGUGCAGCUGUCCAGCAUCCAGGACCCGGUGACAGUGCAGGGGUGGCCUAUGGGCCUGGCUCUGGCCUCAGCUCCGUCCAUCGCAGUUUCUUUGACAACCACGGGCUUCCAGAAGGUUAUGUCUGUGAUGGCGUCACUCAACUUUCCGUCCAGGAGAGGAGAGUAUAAGGUGGAGACCAACCAGUAUAAGCAGGGUCUCGCCUCCAUACGUGCCCAACCCAAGGGAUCUGUAAAACUCCACUAUCAGCGGUCUCCUCUUCUGUAUGCUGACAAGCAGCCAGACCUGAAGAGUGAUGUGACAGGUUUCAACGCGAUCCUGCUGGAAAAAACUUUGUAAGUCAGGGAUGAAAUAAAAGCAGCUGUUUUUAUUUUAUAGCUGACACAAGAAACAAACCAGGAGUUUUAUGCAUCGAAUUAUGAACGCUAAACUUCAACAUCUUUGGAAAACUGUGUGGAACAUCAUGAGAGAUGAUGCAGUUUUAGCUAAUUAAAACUCAUCUGUGCAUGUGAGAUUACAUUACAGCCAUAAUAAUAUGUCCCACACGAAGAGCACUUUAACAAAACUUUUGUAUCAUCGCUGCCACUUUAGAACGUCUGCCUGUUGCACUGGGCCGAUGGAAGUGCCUCUUCUGAAAUCUUUGAGCUUCCAGUGUAUAUAUGUAUCAGAUUCAUUAUUUAAAUGGCAAAAUGUAAGUGUAGAUGUUCAUGCUCUCAAUAACAUUUACUGCUCGUUUUUGCUGCGGAACACAAGUCUGCAAGCAUUGCACUUGCAAAUCAGUUAUUGCACACGGAAAAGCACAUUACUGUUCAUCCUGCAAAAUGGCAACAGGGAAAUUAUGGAACAUAUUUUAAUUGCUGCUCUAAACAUAAUUUAGUAAAAACUACAGCAUGUUAACAGUGUAUUUGCAUAAAUGGAGAAUGAAAAAAACAUACCAAAUAUUUUUGACAAAAAACUUGGGAUUUUAGUUUUGAUGAGCUUUUUUUUAAAUUGUGCAAUAUACUAAUAGAUUUCUUCUCCUUGUUCAGAUCAUCACAUAACCUUUAGUCAGCCUUGGUGCAUGUGUAAUUUAUUUUUAUUCUGCUGUACAUUUGUGUAAAUGCACCAGCAUCAUUGUGAUGGUACACUUUGGAAUGUGUAAACCAACCAGCUGUUUUUUUUUUUUUUUUUAGUCAGGAUCCAUUUGUAUAGCUUUGAGGCUAGUCUUAUGUAAACUGUGUCUAAGUAGAUUAAACACAUCCUGCAGAUUCUUAAAUAGGUUAGGAUCUGGGAAAUGUUACUCUACUGGAACCUUUUGUGGUGCUUUAGGACAACUGCCCUGUUUGUUAUUCACCUACCUGGUUUUAAUGUUAUGGCUUAUCAAUGCAAGGAUAUAAUAUUUUAAACUGUUUUGGGAAAAUGAAAAAAAUAAAGUACAUUUAUUU